ACAUCUGAUUCACCGAAAACACGGUGGGCCAAAUACUCCGAUAUCAGAGACAAGAAUCCCAAGUCUGAAUGCCGAAAGUGUCAUAUUCCAGCGGCUCCACGCGCAAUUCUCUCUAUCAUCGAAGAAGAGAGCCACUCGCUUGGAGCGUCCGAUGGCGAAGAAAUUAAAACCCGCAACAAACAACGAUCGAUCAAAUGUUCGGUGGCAAGUGGGCGGAGGACAUCUUCCGAUAA